AUGAUCAGCGCCCCUGACGUGGUGGCCUUCACCAGAGAGGAGGAGCUGGAAGAUGAGCUGUACAGCGAGCCGCCUCUGCCCGAGGAGUACUCGGUGCCGCUCUUCCCCUUCGCCAGCCACGGGGCCAACCCCUGGGCCAAGGUCGCCAAUUCCAAGUUCACUCGGGACUUCAUCCUCAUCUCCGAGUUCUCGGAGCAAGUAGGGCCUCAGCCCCUCCUGACUAUCCCCGAUGAUGCCAAAGUGUCAGGCACAUUCGAUCUCAAUUACUUUUCUCUUCGGAUAAUGUCUGUGGAUUACCAGGCUUCCUUCGUGGGGCACCCUCCUGGCUCUGCCUACCCGAAGCUGAACUUUGUGGAGGAUUCCAAAGUGGUGCUGGGGGAUUCGAAGGAAGGGGCCUUUGCCUAUGUCCACCACUUGACUCUGUAUGACCUUGAAGCCAGGGGUUUUGUGAGGCCCUUCUGCAUGGCCUACAUUUCUGCUGAUGAGCACAAAAUCAUGCAGCAGUUCCAAGAACUUUCCACAGAGUUCUCCAAAGCCUCCGAAUGCCUAAAGACAGGGAACCGGAAAGCUUUUGCUAAUGAACUGGAAAAGAAACUGAAAGAUCUUGACUACACCAGGACGGUCCUGCACAAUGAGACCGAGAUACAGAAGAAAUCCAAUGACAAAGGAUUUUACACAACUCAGGCCAUCGAGAAGGCCAAUGAGCUGGCCAGUGUGGAAAAAUCCAUCAUUGAACACCAAGAUCUGCUGAAACAGAUCAGGUCAUAUCCUUACAGAAAGGUGAAGGAGUCCAACUUCCACCUCUAUGAGCCAGAGUGCGCACUGGAUCAGGCUGAGGUGGGCUGCGAUCUGGACCUGACUACCUCCGACCUCUCUGAGCCUGGUGAGACGCAGCUUUACACCCACGUGCCAUCCUACACUCCCAAGCUCAUCAAAGCCAAGUCUGCCAAAUGCUUUGACAAGAAGCUAAAGACGCUAGAGGAACUCUGUGAUGUUUAUUUCUUCACCCAAACCCUUGACCAGUUGCACCAGAUUGAGAGGACUUUCAGAGGUGAUAUGUGCUACCUCCUGACAGAGCAGAUCAGCAGGGCCCUCUUAAAGCAGCAAAGUGUAACUAACUUCCUCUUUGAGGAUGUCUCUUUUCUGGAUGAAAAACCACCUGAAAAACAGCACAGAGGCUACCAGGGGCUCAGCCAAGAUGCCAUUGAUGGAAAGUGUUCAGAGGAGUCCCCCACUCCCAAAGUGGUCAUCAACCUAGGAUCCUACAAAUCCAGUGUGGAGAGCGUGCCCAUCAAGAUGGAGCAGGGAAUCGAGGACUCCCAGGAACCCAAACUGGCUGACUCCAUCACGUUUGAGCACCAGGAGAACCUGGACUAUCUGGAUGCAGAUCUUAAAGGCAGCAUCAGCAGCGGUGAGAGCAUCGAGGUUCUCGGAACGGAGAAGUCUGCUUCUGGCCUGACGAAAUCAGAGAGCCAGGCCAGCCUGCCUGUCAGCUCCAGUCCCCAGGCAGGCAGGAGCAAGGUGGGCAGCCGCAGGACCGUUAGUGAGGACAGUAUUGAGGUCCUCAGCACCUGUCCCUCCGAGUCGCUCAUCCCGGAAGAUUUCAAAGCGAGCUACCCAAGUGCCAUUAACGAGGAACCCUACGUGGAUGGUGAAGAGGGAGGCCUUCGUUUCACCCCCAAACUAAACCCAGACCACGGCGACGAGCAAGAUGACAUUUCAAACCAGGAAAAUUUGGUGCAGGUCGAUUCUGCCUGUUGCAUUGGGAAGGAAAGCCCCAACUUCCUUGAGCCUCUGCCUGAGCUGGGGCAGAAACCCUGCGAUGAGGAUGGGGUGGUCAGGAUCCCCCCACAGCCCUAUCGGCAGGUUGAGCAGGGGCUGCGUGGGAGCUUUGGGGGCUUCCCCUCCCACGAGGGCAUCUCAGGGGGGCUCCUUCCCUACGAGCUUGACUCACGCUACCUGACGGGCAGCAGGGAGGUCAGCAAGAGCAGCCUGGAUGAGUGCUCGGACUCCACAAGCUAUAUCAGCAGUGCAGCCUCCACGUGCUCGGACAGGACCCCGUCUCCUGCCCACCACUGCCAGGCCAGUGAAAGGCACAAAAAGAAGGCCGGGCAGAACGCGCUGCGCUUCAUCCGGCAGUACCCCUUCGCCCACCCUGCCAUCUACUCCCUGCUCAGCGGCAGGACCCUGAUCGUGCUGGGGGAAGAGGAAGCUAUGGUCAAGAGGCUGGUGACAGCACUUUCCAUCUUUGUGCCCAACUGCAGCCUCUACGCCAAGCCUGUCAAGCACUGGGUCACUUCCCCUCUCCACGUCGUGGAUUUCCAGAAGUGGAAGCUGAUUGGGCUCCAGAGGACGGUGUCUCCUGGUGGGGUGAACGUGCUGCACGCCCUGAGCCGCUACAGUCGCUACGUCAGCAUUCUGGACGCCGACAGCAAGACUCUACGCUGCCCUCUCUACAAGGGCACCUUGUUGCCCAGGCUGGCAGACCACCGCACGCAGAUCAAGCGAGGAAGCACCUACUACAUGCACGUCCAAAGCAUCCUCACCCAGCUGUGUUCAAAAGCCUUCCUCUUCACCUUCUGCCAUCACUUGCACCUUCCCAUCAGCGAAAGGGAACCGGAGGAAUCCGUCGCCAACCGCAGGAUGAACUUCCUGAAGCUUCAGCUGGGCCUCGCCAACGAAGACAUGAAAAUUGUGCAGUAUUUAGCAGAGCUGCUGAAGCUGCAGUACAUUCAGGAACCCGGCCAGGGGGUGAACCCCCUGCUCAGAUUUGACUAUGUCCCCAGCUUUUUGUACAAAAUCUAG